AUGAGGCUGGAGCAGGCAUUGGGGCUGCGGAUGAGCUUGCGCCACACCAUGAUGAGGACGAGGCAGGUCAUGACGCUUGCUGGAGGCAUCUGCUUCCCGCCCUUCCCGCCACUGCAGGCUCCGCCGCCCCACGGCCUUCGGGGAUUGGGCAAUUCCCUGACAGUUCACGCGCUUAAGGCCAUGCCGGCCAAGGAAAAGCCCAAUCUGGUAUUUUUAAUGGAGACGAAGAAUAGUGCAGUGAAGCUGACUGAUAUUCAGCGUAGAUUACACUUUACUAACGCUUAUGUUAUCAACCCUGUUGGUCUGGCGGGAGGUUUGGCGGUCCUUUGGAAUGAUCAGGUUCUCAAUGAUUGUGCUUUAAUGGAAUUGGAAAGUAAAGGGUGUCGGUUCACGUGGAUGAAUAACAGAGAGGGUGAUGAACUGGUUUUGAAAGCUAUGACAUCCACCUAUUUUGCUGAGUUAUACACCACGGUGGGUUACCGAGAUUACGGACCUGUUUUGGCUCAAUGUCCGCAGGUGGUAACUGCGGAAAUGAAUGCAAAGCUGUUGGAAUCAAUAUCCUUGGAGGAGGUUCGACAAGCUACAUUUCAGUUGGGCACUAAUAAGGCUCCUGGCCCUGAUGGCUUUAAUGGUUUGUUUUAUCAGACUCACUGGGAGGUCAUCAAAUCAGAUCUUCAUCUUCUAGUACAGAAUUUUUUCGGAUCAGGCCGGUUGCCUACAAAUCUAAACCAGACAGUUAUCGCUUUGAUCCCUAAGACGCCUCACCCAGAAAGCCUAGAUCAAUAUAGGCCGAUUAGCCUAUGCAACUUUGCUUAUAAGAUCAUUUCCAAGGUACUUGCUAAUCGCCUUAAACCUUGGCUACCUAAUCUGAUUUCCAUGGAACAGUCGGCUUUUAUGAAUGGACGACAGAUUCAAGACAAUAUUCUCGUCGUUCAAGAAGUUAUUCAUCAGUUCAAGACCCGAAAGCGAACGAGUAAAUUUCAUGCGAUCCUCAAGACUGAUAUGAAAAAGGCUUAUGAUAGAGUAGAAUGGGAUUUCCUGAAUGCCUAUCUUCUCAGAUUGGGUUUCCAUCCAAGAUGGGUGCACUUGAUCCUCCAAUGCAUCACUACCACAUCUUAUAGUGUCCGCUUUAAUGGUGAACUACUUCCUUUUUUCCAUCCAACUCGUGGCCUCAGACAAGGUGACCCUCUUUCGCCAUACAUCUUUAUCUUAUUGGCAAAUGUUUUCUCUACUAUGAUUUCUCAAGCUGUUGAUAUGGGUCAAUUAAAAGGAAUUAAAUUAAAUCGAUGGUGCCCUACAUUGUCCCAUUUAUUUUUUGCGGAUGAUGCCAUGUUUUUCCUUGAUGCUAAUAUUAUGGAAUGCCAGAACUUGGCCAAUAUCUUAAAUCAGUAUUGUAUGGCCACGGGACAAGCUUUGAACCGAAACAAAUCAGGAAUUAUUUUCAGCAAGAAUUGUCCUUUCGGCUUACAGGAAAAUCUGGCGUCUGAAUUUAGAGUUCCGGUGCUACAAAACUAUGGGAAAUACUUGGGAAUACCGUCUGAUUGGGGCCGAUCUAAAAAGGAAAUGUUCUCUUGGCUGUUGGGGAGAGUACAAGCAAAGUUGGAAGGAUGGAAAGAAAAGUUUAUUUCGAAAGGGGGCAAGGAAAUUCUCAUUAAAUCUGUCAUCCAGGCAAUUCCUCACUAUGCUAUGUCGAUUUUCAAACUUCCAUUGUCUCUUUGUAAAACUAUUGAGAAGAGCAUUGCUCGUUUCUGGUGGAAAAAUGAUCAAAAUAAAGCAGGGAUACAUUGGAAGCGAUGGGAAAUUUUAAGGAAGAGUAAGAACGAGGGCGGUCUAGGAUUUCGUGAUUUGGUAGAAUUUAACAAAGCCAUGCUCGGUAAGCAAGCAUGGAGAUUACUACAGCAGCCACAAGCUUUAUGGAGUAAAAUUUUUAAGGGUCUGUACUACCACUCUACGGAUUUCCAAUCGGCAAAUCGAGGUUCUCGACCAUCUUGGGGAUGGCAGAGUCUUCUAGUUGGUAGGGAUGCUAUUAUUCCUCAUGUUAGAUGGUCAGUGGGUGAUGGAAGGCAAAUUCGCAUUAGGGAAGAUUGCUGGUUACCAAGAGGAGUCAUAGGUGGACCUGCGGCUAGAGAAGAACCCCAACUGGUGGCUGAUCUUAUUGAUCCCAUCCACAACAGCUGGAAUACCUCUCUUCUCACUAGCUUCUUAGAUGAUCAGAUUGUGGCAGAGGUUCUAACCAUUCCAGUUAGACCAACUUUAGUUGAUGAUCAACUAGUCUGGACAGCCAACAAGGAUGGCCGCCAUACAGUCAAAAGCAAUUACCAUGCUCUGAAUUCUGUGAACAGAACUCCAAACAACAGCACAGCAUCAACAUCAUAUCGACAUCCUAUGAUACUGUGGAAAAAAAUCUGGACAAUGCGUACAGUCCCAAAACUACGAAUAUUUCUUUGGUCUGUUUGCCAAAAUGCGAUUGCUUCUAAGGACAACUUAUACAGGAGGCAUAUCAGUUCAGAACCUUUCUGUCAGAUUAAUAUAGAUAUCCAGCUUAGUUCGGUCACUCGCAUAGAAGUUUGGUUGACAGAAAAAGCUGAAUCACCUAAUAACUCACCUGCUCUGGAGCUCAUCGCCAAUGUCCUCUGGCAAAUCUGGCGAAUGAGGAACAGUUUUAUAUUCAGGGGCGAUCGACCGAAUCCCUCUUUAGCAGCAGAGAAUGCACUCUCACAGACACGACUUUACGAGGUUUCCCUAUCAUCCUCUUCAUCUCGAUCUACAGGAAAGAAGCAACACAGUCAGAUCUGGCAUCCACCGCCACCAGGCACUUUGAAAUGUAAUAUCGACGCUUCUUUUCAGCCAGGGAGUACACAUGGAUCAAUGGCUUCGAUCUGCAGAGAUCAAUAUGGUCGCCUUACUGAUGUUUAUACAGCACAAUUUCCAGCAACAUCAGCCUUGAUCGCGGAAUUUCAGGCUCUCACGUUCGCAGUCCGCCAUCUGCUGCACCAAGGGCUUCAUCAAGCUCCAAUUAUGCUUGAAUCAGAUUGUAGUACAGUUGUUGCUGCUGUUACAGGAGAAGAACUGCCGCCAUGGGAGGCUCGCGUUUUGCUCGCGGAAGCCACCGAUUCCCUUUCCAUCUUCCCAAACCUAGUUGUUCGGUUCUGCAAGCGAGAAGGAAAUGCUGUGGCUGACUGGGCCGCUAAGGCCCAGCUUUUCAAUUUUUCGGCCCAGGAUUGGAACAUAUAUCCACCUUACCUGUUGCUAGACCUUGUAUAUGCCGACGCUCUAGCGUCCGGUUGUAAGCUUUCCAAGUUUUAA